UGCACGGAGGCGGGGGCGGCGCACGCGCCUAAUGGAGCCUGAGCUGCGCCCUCGCGCGAGCGGACACUUGCUCAGCCCAGCAGAGCUACUGGCAGUUCGCACACGUGAUCACAAGAUUCCUCAACGAUCGCAUGGCCAGAAAGAUUUUAUGCCUGAUGGCUCAGAAGAACAACAGGAGAAGCUGUGCCAGUGCCGUGAUGAACAGUGGCAGCUCCUGCGGGAGGAGCGUGUGGAGCGAUUGGGAAGUCUGGUCAAAGCUGAAUGGAAGCCUCUGGAGGGUAUUGUAGAGCUAAAAUCGCCUGCUGGGAAAUUCUGGCAUACCAUGGGAUACACAGAGCAUGGAAAGCAAUGCUUGCUGCCGGAGGAAGCACUGUAUCUUCUGGAAUGUGGCUCUAUUCAGCUUUUCUACAAAGACUUGCCCUUGUCAGUCCAGGAAGCCUAUGAGAAUCUGCUGUCCCAGAUGUCAGUGAGUCUGCUGAAGUACCAGGUAUUCAGCCACUUGAAGAGGCUUGGUUACAUUGUGCAGAGAUUCCGAUCUAGCACCAUUGCAACACCUUACGAGCAGCAGCUGAAUCUGGAUAGCCACUAUCAGAAUGCUGAAAAAAAACAUCACAAGAGGAAAAGGAGCUCCAGCCCUUGGUUGCAUGGCAAGAAACCCAAGACAUCAGAGAGAACUCAGGAAUAUGCACAGCCACCCCAAAAGGAUAAGAGGCACCAUGAGAGCUCUAGCCACCCAGUGUCAGAUGGAGGAAGUUUACCUGAGGAGAAGGUAAAAGAAUCUGAUUCUGGAGUUGCGGUUGAGGAGACAAUCCCAACUGCUAGUGAUGCAGUACAAUGUUAUCAGUCUCCACCAGUUUGCAUGGAAGACCACCAUGAGAGUUCCACCACGACCUCUUUGGAAAGUCAGGGUGACACCUGUCCAUCUCGCUGGAAUUUCACCACCAUUACUUUCCCCAACAUGGGUGCCGAUUGCCCACAAACUGUCCUGCUACAGCCUGAUAAAAGGCUCCUCCCAGAGAAUGUAACUGCACGGGAGGUCGAUGCAACCAGGUGGCGCAAGAGACUCAACCAGAAGCAUGAGAAGCUGUCUCACAAGGAGCGGGAGCACCUUGAGUGGGAGAGAAAAUACAAAAGCAGUAUCAAUGAGGAUAAGGAGGUCAGGCAGUGCUCCACCUGGCAAGAGUACAAGGCUCUUCUGAAAAAGAAGAGACAACAGAGGGAGAAGAACUGCCCAGCACACUUCUGGAAGCAGACCGUCACCCCACUUCUGAAGCCAGAUCAAGGUCUUUCAACAGCUGAUGUCCUCCAGCAGAUCAGUGUGCUCCAGCCUUCCCACAUCCUGGAUGGAGCAUCCCAGCUACAGAACAAUUCCAUAGCUAUGAAGAUAGAUUUUGACGUAUAUCCAGCAGACACAGCUUCUAGUUUUAAGAAGAAUAAACCCGGGAAGCCUUUUGUCCGGAUGUGUGUUCGGAGCUUUGACGAGCAGAUCCCAACCCUGAGGGCAGUGAAACAGCUUGCUUAUCAAAGUGGAGAUGUGCCAGUGGUAUUUGCCUUAGUAGACAAUGGGGACAUUGCUUUCUGUUCUUUUAAGGAGUUCAAGCUGCCUGUUGACGUAUACCCCUGAUUCUUGCUGCUAUCACCUGGUGAAGCAUUUUUAGGACUGGGCUGUCUCCUCUGCAUGUGUAUAAAAUGUACUCAGGGCUUUGCUCAGCUUGAUUUUGUGUAGAAUCUCCAACUACCAAUAUUGUCCCAUCAGCGGAUGCACAAGAAACCUGCUCAUUCUUGAAAGCUAAGGGCAGUUCCAACACGUUCUUCCUUUACAGCAUCACCUCAAUACUUCCUGGCCGUAGAUGUUCAGCUAAUUUUAUUUUUGUAACUAACCGGUCCUUGAGUUUUAAUAUGAUUCGACUGAUAUUAUCUAAAUUUUCUUUUUGUACCUAUAGAAUGCACUCUGGUCGACUGAGAACCAUUAUAUUAAAGCAAUACUGAAUGGUAUUCAGAAAUCUUCCUGUACAUUCACUAAUCCAGUUGGGCUUUUAAUGGUAUCUAAUAACUGCGGCACCAGCACUUGUCAUACACUUUGUGUGUUUGAUGUCUGGGAGGGCAGGGGUAGGGAAAAAGUCUCCACAACAGGAUUUUGCCACUGGAUGGAUCCCUUUGCAUUUAGAAACACCUAGAGGAUUGCCAUUUUGGUCUGAGAUGUGUUAUCAGUGAUCCACCAAUUGGCAAGACAGAGAUAAUAAUGUUCUGAUUUAACUUCAGAGCUGGUAAGCUUAGGAGGACAGCCUCCUGUUGCUGGGUCGGUAGGUAAUUCUUCUGCCGAGGAAGAACAGCCAAGGAAGAUGAUGAUGAUUGUGGAAAGAUCUCCAAAAAUCCAUGGCAAUAUGCUACCAUGCCUAUUCAUAAAGCUAUCGAAUCUUGAAUUAUUUGAAGUACAAGUCACGAUUAUUGGCACUACCAUGCUCAGUUUCUGCAUUUUCAGGGUGCAAUCAGGAGAUAUACUGGAAAAGCAAAACUUGUACAACAUUGAUUGAGCCACUCCCUGAUGAGAGUCAUGCUCCUGUUCUGCUGGCUGUAUCACCAAUUUUAUUAUGGAGCUCUUUUCAGAUUCACAGCGUCUCUAAAAUUAUUGUGCUAUAUGGAACCAUCUCCAGUGUUACCUGGGUUAAAGGAACUGGUUAUUUUGUGAUUUUUUUAAUUGGAACUUUCACAAAGGAGUUUAGGAAGCAGCUUUAUAUAUUUUGUUGGAUUUGGGAAGCUAAAGCAAUAAAAUACCCUUCUUGCA